AUGCAGAAAAAUCCUCAUGCAUUCAUCACUACAGUAAUGAACUUGGACUGUCUUCAGGUGUUUGCACAAGAGAUGUGGUUGUCUACAAGAGAAUACAUCACUGCAUGCUCAACCAUAUUCAUUCACAUGAAAUUUGCUGAUAUCCAGGAAGAGUACAUCGCUGCAAGCCUAAACAUCUUCAUUCACAUGGACUUUACUGAUAUCCAGAAUCAAACAGUGCUUGGAGUGACUGAAGUUCAUGCGGGCAUUCAUCACCACAAAAAUAAACUUGGACUCUCUUCAGAAGAUUUUGGUGUUAUCCAGAUCAUGGUGAAACUAAGAAUGUUGACUCCAAGAUACGUUAUUGUUAUCGAGGUUGACCUCAAUCUGAUGGAUCUAGAAAGCGGUGUGUCUCCUCCUCCCUAUGCCCCUCCGCCACCUUUCCACCCUCUCCAGGCUCCACAAGGAAAGAAGGAAUUAGCUAAGUGGAAAUCUGGGCUUACUUGGGGUCUCCAAAUUUGGUAUAUGGGAUAUCCCUCUGGGGUGAUAACCAUUGUACAGGAAAUAGAACCCUUAGAUACCAGGUCAGUGGGUCCAAAUGAAGUGUUAAACCUCCCAGAAAAAGAAACCCUACCCCCUACAAGAAAAACAGUGAAAGAACAGAGCACUGUAACUCCUGAUAUUACAGUAAGAGCCCUCCAUACAACUCCGAGGGUCCAAGGCAAUCCUCAGGAUAUAGACCCUCUUUGGAAUUUAAUGCUAGCAGCCUAACAAACACUUAACCGUACUAGUCCUAACCUGACUCAAACCUGUUGGCUCUGUUACGAUGCAAAACCUCCGUUUUAUGAAGCAAUAGGCAUUAACACCUCUUUCAGCAAUACUCAUGACCUGAACCCAAAGAAUUGCUCUUGGAAAGACUGUAAGGUAGGCAUUACUAUACAAUGUGUAACAGGAAAGGGCUUAUGCAUGGGGAGGCCCCCCAACACCCAAGAGCGUUGCACCUCAUAUACUGAAAUAAACCCUUCCUUUAAUUGGAUUAUUCCCAGGGAAGGGGGUUGGUGGCUUUGCUCGAAAGCUGGACUUUUACCCUGUUUAAACUUGAAAGUACUUAAUGUGUCCUCAGAUCAUUGUAUACUGGUGACUGUCCUGCCCCGAAUUCUUCACCACCCAGAAGAAGAGAUGUAUGUACACUGGAGUGGAACUAAUAGAGAAAAAAGGGAACCACUCACUAUAGCUCUUACUCUAGCUACUCUGGUUGGCUUAGCAGGGACCGGUCUAGGAAUAGCUUCUUUAAUGGUACAGAAUCAAGACAUGCAUUCCCUGAGGGAAGCUAUAGAUGAAGACCUUGAAAGGAUAGAAGCCUCUAUCUCAAAUUUAGAGAAGUCCCUAACCUUGCUAUUGGAGGUUGUGUUACAAAACCACCGGGGGUUAGAUCUUAUACUUCUCCAAAAAGGAGAAUUGUGCACAGCUCUAAAAGAAGAAUGCUGCUUCUAUGCCAACCAUACGGGUGUGGUCCCGGAAUCCAUGGCCAAGGUACAAGAAGGACUUGCCCUAAGGAAAAAGGAAUGUGAAGCUCAGGAAGGAUUGUUCGAGUCUUGGUUUAAUAGCUCCCCGUGGUUAACUACUUUGAUAUCUACUCUCUUAGGACCCUUCAUAGUCUUUAUAAUUAUAUUGACUUUUUGUCCCUGCAUUAUAAAUAAGCUUAUAUCAUUUGUAAAAGAUCAGGUUAAUAAUGUACAACUUAUGGUUCUGAGGCAGCAAUAUCAGCCUUUAUCUCCCGGCCUUUAUCUACCCUCUGCACUCAGCAGGUAUCAGAGACUUCCUCCGGACUCAGCACGCAUCAGAGAAGUCCUCCGGAUUCAGCGCUAUCAGAGAUUUGCUCGGCUCCUGAAGUCUUCCACAUAUCAGGGCUCUGCACCCUCCUUAGAUAAUAAUUCCCUAGAAAAUUUUGGGUAUGAGAAUUCUACUGGAAUUCCAUUAGGAAAUUCAGGUUUCCUGGUUUCCAGAUGGAUGGAAUUUCUCAAGACCAGAGUAACCAUCUUCAUUCAUGUGGAGUUUGCUGAUCUCCAGUUCUGCUCAGUUUCAGGAUUUGAGAGAAGAGAUCAUGAAAAAAUAACAAUCAUAAUUCCCAUGGGUCUUGCUGAUAUCAAGACACAGUGCAUUGCUACAGGUAUAUCCAUUGCCAUGCAUGAGGAAUUUGCUGAUAAGGGAUGUUAUGUUACUUUCAGAUUAGAAAGAAGAGAUCAUGUGACAGAUGAUGCAAAUCAUGAAAGUGACAUUGUAAGAACUAUUUGGCAUGAGAAUGAUUGCUUCCUGGGUUUUGAUGUGUUUAAUCUCAUAGUAGGAGAGGGAUUUGAAGAAGAGAAUUCUCAAAGGCCAUUGGAAAACAUAGGUCCUAUUACACCAGAUAUGUUUUUCUGGCUCUCAGGAGGAGAUUAUAUUGAACCUAGAAGGAUGACCACAGGAGACUUUGCUGUUACACAGCUCUGUUCAGUGUCAGAUUCUAGAGAAGAGAUCAUGAAAAAUGUAACAGCCAUCAUUCACAUGGAUCUUGAUUGGAUGCAGCACAUCACUUCAGGUGUAAUCAUCAUCCUGCACAAGGACUUUGCUGACAUCCAGGAUCAUGCAAGUCAAGAAAGUUAUAGCUCAGGCACUAAUAAGCAUGACAAUUGA